UGUUGGGUUUAGAUAAGGUGGUAGGUGAAGCUUAUUAAGAUAUGACAAAUGAAGUAUGUGGUGAGGGUAUGCACAACACCAAGUAUUUAAGUUGCUAGUUUGAUCAGCAUUUUAUCAAUAAAAGUUGUGUAUAUUUUGUAAUCAAGAGAAGAUGAUAUCGAUGGAAGGUAAAAGUCUUAUUAUGAGUGCUCUUUUAGUGAGCCUUGUUUUGGGACAAUUUGAAGUUGGGGCGGCAAAGAGUUGUUGCCCAAACCCCAAAGCCAGAAAUGUCUUUAAUCUCUGUAGCUUUACGCCGGGAGGCAGCGAUUCAGUCUGUGCAUCACUCAGUGGAUGCAAAAUCGUUAAUGGGGAAUGUCCCAAUGGUUGGAAUUAUAGUUUUCUCGAAAACACUGGUGGUAAUGCAGUCCAUGAAUACUGCAAGUUGGGGUGUGCAUCCUCUGUGUGUGCUGCCAUAACCACUCUCCAAAACUCCGAUGCAAGUGAAGUUGUGAACGAGGCAGUUGAAAAAUGUAGCCAGGCAUGUUCUGCUCUUUGCACCAAGGCUUCUAUUACUGCAGCCUAAACAAGCAUGCAUGCAUGUAAAGAUGAAGGGCUAUACAUGCAUCUAAUAUGUGUUGUUGCUUUUUCUGGCUUUCAAUAAUUGUCAUGCUAGACUAGUCUCAUAGUCUGCUGCAUGCAAGUUUCUUUCUAUUUGUGUACGUCCGUCUAUGUCGUAGAAGGACUGUAUAUCCUUCUAUUUGCUGUUAUCUUGUAUCAAUGAAAAGAGUAUGUCUUUUUAGUCUUCUUUAA